CUCAGCCUAAGGCAAAGGUCCCCAGAGGUGUUAAUCCUUCGCCCGUGAUGCCCCCAGACCCAGGGCCUUACCCCCAACACUCACCUGAGGCCUGAAACCCAAGCAGGCCUAGGGAAAGAAAGGCUUUACAGUGUUCCCAUGGAUACCAGCACCAAAAGGGGAGGGGCUGUUUGUUACCAGCAGCUUCCAGGGAGACCCCAGACCAGGACCCUGAGUGAGUCCUGGACCCACCUCCAGAUCCUGCCUGAAGGAGAAGUGGUAAGAGGCUGGGUUGUUGGCCAGUGAACCUCAGGAGGCCCAGGGAACCACAGAGCGACCAGCCAGGCCUGCCGUGGCCACACAGUCCACCACCCCCAGCCUGACUGCCUGACUGUGGCACUUGGACUUCCUGUGCCGUGGAACAUACAGGCUGGCAGGAGGACCCCCGUGGCAGAAACAGGGCUCUGAAUGCCUGGUCCACAGACAGCAUUGAGGCUGUGAGGCACCCUGGCUGCCGAGCUGGCUUGGGUCCUACCAGGCCGGAGUGUGCCCGCGGGCGUCCACAACUCGAGAGGGCACCGAGCUCCACUGGGGGCAGGCAGGGGUGGGGGAAAAGAGCCCAGGGUCUAUGUCUUGCUUUGUCCCCAGCAACCUGAAGGCGGCCUUCUCCCCUCACCAGGAUUGCCAACCUGGCUGCAGUGGCCCGCCAGCUCCACCUCCCUCCCGCGGGGGCUCACGGUUCCCCGACCCCUGUGCGUCCCGACGACGCGCCCUAAGGGAGCAAGGUCGGUGGGGCCCUGGCCUUGGGGACCCCGCUGCCCCUCUCGGCGCAGAAGCUGCAGGGUCCCAGGCCGGCGCUCCCUCUCUAGGCAAAAGACUCAUCAGACUGGGAGGUUUCUGAGGAGGUCGGCCCGGGAGCGGAGCCAGACACCUGUCCCACGCGCCGCCCGGGGGCCAGGGACGCGCUUCCGCGUAGUUUGCGGUCCUCAGGCGUGCGUGGACCAGGCUCGGCCCGCCCCUCCGCGCUGCCGAGCUCCGCCCACACCUGGGCGCCGCUGAGGGCGGGGCGGGCGGGGAGCCAAUGGGAGGGGCGGGGCUCAGAGAGGUAGCCAAUGGGCGUGGGCGCGGGGCGGACGAGGCGAUGGUGGGAACCAAUGGGGGCGCUCGGGGCGGGGCGCUCGGGCUGCGGGCCAAUGGAGCUGCGGGCCGGGGCUCGCCCGCCGCGCUGGAGGCGGCAGGUUGCGGCGGCGAAGGCGCCGGCCGCCGGGAAGCAGCCAGUUCGAGCCUAGGGCCGGGAGGCCGGCGAGCGCCCAGGACAGGGAUGCUCUCAGGGCUAGCAGCCAUGGAGCUGAAGGUGUGGGUGGAUGGCAUACAGCGCGUGGUCUGUGGGGUCUCAGAGCAGACCACCUGUCAGGAAGUGGUCAUCGCGCUGGCCCAAGCAAUAGGCCAGACGGGCCGCUUUGUGCUCGUGCAGCGUCUCAGGGAGAAGGAACGGCAGCUGCUGCCCCAGGAGUGUCCAGUGGGUGCCCAGGCCACCUGUGGACAGUUUGCCAGUGAUGUCCAGUUUGUCCUGAGGCGGACAGGGCCCAGCCUCGCAGGAAGGCCCUCCUCAGACAGCUGCCCACCUCCUGAACGCUGCCCAGUCCGGGCCAGCCUCCCCCCGAAGCCACGGCCAGCCCUGGGCCACGAGCCCCGCAAAGCACUGACCUUCAGCCUUGGGUGCCCUGGGCUGGCCCCCAUCCCUGCGCUGCCCGAGCCUGUGGCCCCCGUAGCACCAAUGCCAGGCUCCUGUGCAGACCUGCAGGGCCUGGAGCGAAGGGUGCGGAGGAACGCACUGGAGCUGGGUCAGGAGGCCUUCUGGGAGCAGGAGCUCAGGCGGGAGCAGGUGCGGGAGCGUGAGGGGCAGGCACGCCUGCAAGCCCUGAGCGCCGCCACUGCCGAGCACGCCGCCCGGCUGCAGGCCCUGGAUGCCCAGGCCCGUGCCCUGGAGGCUGAACUCCAUCUGGCCUCAGAGGCCCCUGGGCCCCCCUCACCCACGGCAUCUGCCACCGAACGCCUGCGCCAGGACCUGGCCGUCCAGGAGCGGCAGAGCGCGGAGGUGCAGGGCAGCCUGGCCCUGGUCAGCAGGGCUCUGGAGGCUGCCGAGCGUGCCCUGCAGGCCCAGGCCCAGGAACUAGAGGAGCUGAACCGGGAGCUCCGCCAGUGUAACCUGCAGCAGUUCAUCCAGCAGACGGGGGCUGCGCCGCCACCACCUCCGCAGCCAGAUGGGGGCCCCCCUGGCACACAGGAUCUUCUGCCUCUGGCCAGAGAAGAGCCUUUCACCAGAACCUCCCACGGUCCUGCUCUAGUGUCCAGCCUGAGCCCAGAGAGUAUGUCUGUCCCCCCCAUUCUGGGUGGGUCAGGGUUCUCCUGUGGCCUCCUCAGUCCCUCAGCCUGUGUCCUCCCCACAGUUGUCCCCAUGAGGCAGAACUCCUGGAGGUAGCAGCUCUUGCCCCAGAAUGGACAUCCACUGCCAGCCCAGCCCUGGGCUCCCAUGACAUGAGCGUGGGCAGCCAAGGCGGGGCCCGACUUGGACAACAGCAGCAUCAGGGGUCCCAGAGGGUUUAUUGCCCAUGUAGUGGGAAGGCCUGAUGCCCUGGGCCUGAGACAGAAUGCCUCAGAGCCCAGGGGGUUCUGCUCUGGGGGGCAGCGGGAGGCUGAGGGUGCUUGCCCUAGUCCUUGCCAAGUCUGCCGGCCCCUUGGAGAAGGAGGGGGCACGACCGGCUUAGAAUUCGCUAGGCCCCAAAGGCCACGGCUCCUUGUAGGGGAUGGGAGAUGAUAUGUGGACACUGCUCAACUCUGGGUGUGUGCUUGCAUGUGGGAAGUGUCCUUCAUCACACGUGUGCACACACACACACAGGUAUGCUGCCUCCCCUACCCUGACCCUAAAGCCUCAAUAAACUGCCCCAAAUGGCUCGACUGUGUCCCAAGGUUGCACUGGACAGCGUCUGUGGGGCCUGAAACCGAGACUGGCUGGGGUCACUGGGCAGUAU